UUAAUUAAAAUUAAAUGUCAAUUCAUAGUCAACAAAUUGUCUCUAUAUAUCCAUAAAAAAGUCCCUUUUAACGGAGGGUUCUAUUUUGUACAUUGCAGGCAGUGGUUCUACAGCAUGAAUGAAAUAAUUUAUCUGUAAUUUUGUAUUUUUAACUGGUAUUUUACUAAAACACUUUUCAUUGGAAAAGGGGUGAAUAUGUUUGAAUUGUAUUAUUGAAACAGUUGUGGUUUUUUUUAGUGUCAAGAGAUAUGUCUAGCAGGCGACUCAAGGAGAAAGAGAGGCUUCGCAAAAGAAACAGUAGAAUUUCUAACCAAAUUUCUAAUCAAGAUAACAUUAAUGGAUCUUCAGAACAGCAAAAAGAUGAACAUCCGGUUGUUAUUACAGCAGCAGAGACUGGUUCUUGUAAAGAAAAACCUAUCCAUUCCCUACUCACUGAAUUUUGUGGUCAUAAUAAGAAUGCAGUCAACAUUGAAGUAUUUGGUGUACCCAUCAACUACAAAAUACCAAAGACUGUGCAAAGGGAAAGAACUUCUGUUGGGAACACUGUGGAUAAGGAGAAAGAUGAGUCUUUACAAAGAGAAAUAACUCCUAUAACAAAUAUUGAUCCUUUGGAGAAAAAUGAGCAAAUUUCAAAAAGAAAGAAUUUAUGCAUGAAAGACCUUAUGAGAAGAAAGAGAGAUGAUGUCAUCUACAGACACAAAGAGCAAAAAAGAGAUUUAAAACAAAAACAACACAAGAAAAAUGAAGAAUUAAAGAAAGGAAAUAAAGUUUGCAAGCAAAAGGAGAGUUCUUUAAAAAGGAAAUUAAAGAGAGCAGAUAAAGAUUACAGAAAAGCUGAACAAGAAAGAGACACAUUACGGAGAAAAAAGUUAGAGAAAAUCUCAACUACAGGACAGCUGAAAAAAACCGAGAAACAUUACAAAAAAAAUUGCAUAGAAAUAAUCCAGAAUAUAGAAUGUAUGAACAGAAAAGAGACACUUUGCGGAGAAAAACAGUUAGAGAAAAUCUCAACUACAGGACAGCUGAAAAAAAACGAGAAACAUUACAAAGAAAUUUGCAUAGAAAUAAUUUAGAAUAUAGAAUGGCUGAACAGGAAAGAGACACAUUGCGAAGAAAAACAGUUAGAAAAAAUCUCAACUACAGGACAGCUGAAAAAAACCGAGAAACAUCACAAAGAAAUUUGCAUAGAAAUAAUCCAGAAUAUAGAAUGGCUGAACAGGAAAGAGAAGCAUUAUGGAGAAAAUUGCAAAGACGAAAACUAGAAUAUAAAGCAGUAGAAAAAAAGAGAGAAAAAAAUGCAAAAAAAAGAAAACGAAGUGAUCAAGACUUUAGAGAAAGAGAGAAAAUAAUGAAUACAGGGUAUCGAAGAGCAAAGAGAAGAGAUCCUGUUUACAGAGCCAAUGAAAGAGAAGGAAACACAAGAAGGACAGCCGAACAGGAAACAUCUAUUGACCAGUGCAUUAGCAAUUUUCAUAGAGCAGUAGAACAAGGACCAGUGUACACUUGUACAAGCUGCCAUCAACUCCUGUAUAAGCACAGUGUUUGUAAAUAUUCAGGUGCUUUUUCCGAUGACGACAAACAGAAGGAUGCUGUUAGAAAAUUGCUUGAUAUAUGUCCACAAAAAGUCAGUGCUCCUGGAGAGGUUUGGGUGUGUAAAACAUGUCAGUCACAUAUGAAAAAAGGCAAAAUUCCACCAUCAUCAGUACUUAAUAGGAUGAACUUUCCAGAUCAAGGCCCCCUCCAUGACUUAAAUCCUUUAGAACAAACAUUGAUUGCUGCAAGAUUGCCUUUCAUGAAAAUUCAUCAAGCACCCAUAAGUAAACAACAUUUUAUCAAUGGAAAUGUUGUGAUGGUACCAGCUGAUGUUUCCAGCACAAUUAAAAAUCUUCCAAGGCUUCCCUCUGACACUGCUACAAUAAAGGCCACUCUGAAGAGGAGACUGAGAUACAAACAUCAUGUGUAUUGUUUGAAUAUAAGACCAGAAGCUGUACGUGAAGCUGCAAAGUUUUUAGCUACAGCACCUUUAUACAAGGAACAUGGAAUCUCGUUUGAUGAAAGCUGGAAUUGUGAAACUGAAAUGGAAGCACAAAAUAUUGAUAUCAACAUUCAUAGUAAUAGUGUCCCAGAAUCCAACUCAGAAGAUUGUCAUACGCCACCUCCUUUACUUACUGAUUCAAGGGAAAGCAUGCAACUAGGCCUUGAAGAUGCAAGAAAAGAGGAUGAAAAUUGUUCGUUGGAGGAUGGCAUCAAUGAUCCUGAUGACGAUGAUAAAUGGAGUGAGGUGGAUAUCUAUGAAUCAAUGUGUGGUGAAGCAGACACACUUCUUACUGCACCAAGUUUUGUGGAUCAAUCAGAAAUGGAGCAAGUCUACAACUACGCACCUGGAGAGGGAAGUAUUCCAGUUAGCAUAUUUAUGGAAAAAGACAGUGAAGAACUUGCAUUUCCAGCCAUUUUUUGUGGAAGAAGGCGUCCAAGUAAUACAGAGAGACCAGUGAGGGUUACUUAUGGAGAAAUUGUUAAAUCAGAGCUCAGAAAUGUAGACAGACGAGCAGCCAGAUCAGUGGAAAACCUGUUUUUUAAAACAAAGAAGAUCCAAAUGAAGACUUUGAUAGAUCAAACACAGAUAGCCCUUAGAAAAGUAAAAACUAGCAACCAUAGCCUUUCAGCUAAAGAUGUAAAGGGGGAUGCUGCAUUGGAUUUGAUCCACCAUGAUAAGGCAUACAAAUUUCUCGCAAAUAUCAGGGGCUCUCCACCAUAUUUUGAAAAAGUUAGUAAGGAUCUAUUUGCCUUCAUUCGAAAUUUGGGUACAGCAACUUUCUUUCUUACCCUAUCUGCAGCAGAGACAAAGUGGUAUCAUCUACUCAAGAUACUUUCACAAGUUGUAGAUGAAAAGAUUCUCACAGAUGAUGAAGUUAGCCAACUAACAUGGCCACAAAAGUGCCGUCUCAUACAGUCAGAUCCAAUAACGUGUGCUCGUCACUUUGAUUUCUCAGUGCAGAAGUUCCUGAAUAAGUUCCUUUUAACAAAGGCUAACCCCUUAUUUGAAAUCACAGACUACUUCUAUAGAGUGGAAUACCAACAGAGAGGAUCACCACAUAUCCACAUGUUGUUGUGGUGCAAAAAUGCCCCGAAGUAUGGAGAGCACUCAGAGAGUGAAGUUUGUAAUUUCAUUGAUGAAUACAUCACAUGCAAAAAGCCAAAUGAAGAUGAGUCGAUAUUUGACCUUGUUCAGGUUCAGAAGCACAAACAUAGCCACACAUGCAAGAAGCGGAACAGGAAGAUAUGUAGGUUUAACUUUCCCAGACCUCCUAUGAAGGCUACUGCUAUCUUAGAACCACUGAAAACCCCAGAAAUGUCAGAGGAAGACAUACAUAUACACAAACAAUCCUGGAAUAAAAUUCAUGAGUAUCUGCAAAAUAUUGAUGAAAAUGAUGAAACAAUUACCCAUGAAGUACUUCUGUCCAGCCUAAGUAUGACUGAAGAGGAAUAUGUAUGUGCCAUCAGAACAUCUAUAAAAGCAACUACUGUUUUCCUCAAGCGAUCCCCACAGGAAAUUCGUAUCAACAAUUACAACAGAGCUACUCUAGAGGCAUGGCGUGCAAAUAUAGAUGUUCAGUUUGUUCUAGAUGUAUAUGCCUGUGCAACCUAUGUGGCCUCUUAUGUUACAAAGGCACAAAGGGGUAUGAGUGAGCUACUAAGAAAAGCAACAGAAGAAGCAAGACAAGGGAAUCAGUCUUUAAAACAGCAAGUUAGAUGUGUUGGUAACAAGUUUCUGAAUGCAGUAGAGCUGAGUGCCCAGGAAGCUGCCUAUAUAUGUCUACAGCUACCAAUGAAAAGAGCUUCAAGACAAUGUAUGUUCGUCAACACCAGUCCACCAGAAGAACGUGUUACCUUGUUGAAACCAGCCAAAAUUCUUGAUUCCUUAGAUGAUGAGGAUGAGGAUAUAGAAUGCUCCAAUGUCCUCAAAAGGUAUGGAGACAGACCACAGGAAUUGGAAAAUAUCUGCUUAGCAGAAUUUUGUGCCUGGUAUACUGUGGAGGACACCAAAAAAAACAUCUUCAAGAGGGUUCAGUAGAACUAAAACUGUAGACAAUCUUCUCCCAGAACCAGUAGAUGUAGAAAAUGAAGAUGAAGAAAGUAAUGAAGAAGACCAAAUUGCCAAUAACACCACAAAGGCAGAAAAAUACAGAAGAAGAAAAAUUCCAAGAAUUUUAAGAACAGUACACUUUAAUCCAGAGAAAGACUCAGAGAAAUAUUAUCGAGAGCUGGUAAUGCUUUAUUCUCCAUGGAGAGAUGAAGAAAAAUUGCUUGGAAAUUACAACUCCUUCAA